ACACAUUUUUUUGUUGUCAAGGAAACGAAAUUGCAUUGAGCAAAGUUUCUUUGAAACCAAUUCUUAUCAAGCCAAAUAUUGAAUUUCUCAGAGCGAUGGUAAAGAUUACCGAGGAAUUAGUGCGCAAGAAAUCCGAGCAUAAUGAGUGUCUCAUCAGUACGCUGGAAGAACUUUCGUUACACCAGGAGGAUAUUGAACGAAUAGAACAUUUACAAAAUUGGUGUCGGGAACUGAAAAUUUUACUCCUCCAAUCAAAUCUUAUUUCUAAAAUAGAAAAUUUACAUAAAUUGAAAAAAUUGGAAUAUUUAAACUUGGCUGUUAAUAAUAUAGAACGCAUUGAAAAUCUGGAACAACUCGAGUCUCUAACUAAAUUAGACUUAACAUUGAAUUUCAUUGGCGGCAUAACAUCGCUCGAAAGCUUAAAGGGAAAUUAUAAUUUGCGCGAAUUGAUACUCAUUGGAAAUCCAUGUUGUGAAUAUCCAAACUACAGAGAUUAUGUAAUGGGUACAUUGCCGCAGCUGAAUAGCCUGGACUCUGAAGAAAUCAAAUUAUCGCAAAAAUUACAGGCACAGAAAUUAUUGAGCAGCUACCGUCCGAUUAUUGUGCAAAAACAAGCAGACUAUUUUAUUGAGCGCGAUGAGCAAAAGCUGAGAGUGGCACAGAAAAAAGAACAGCUGGAAGCAGAAAUGGCGGAAAUCGACGAUGAAGAUAUGCGUUUAAAGAAGUUUUGGGAUGCCAAAAGCGAGCAUUGUCCGGAGACACGCAUGGAUAUUGCAAAAUAUCAUAAGCUCGGUCGAGAGAAAAAAAAUAUGGACCAGAAUGACAAGCAGGUGCGUAAAACACCGGCACUCUUCGCGCCAUGCGGACGUCCAUAUAAUCUCAAUCAACCGAAAUUGCCAUUCAAUUUGAGGGAUGAGGUCAAUGAGUACAUACUGGAGCUGGGAAUUUACAAAUACUUGGACACAUCGCAAAUCAAAGUGGAUGUAGAGUCAAACUAUCUCCGGGUUUCUGUGAAAGGAAAAAUUUUCCAAAUGACAUUUUCGGAAGAGAUUAAAACUACAGAAGCGAGAAUACAACGUUCACAAUUAACUGGUCACCUCCUUGUAAAUUUGCCGAAAUUGAAGGUCAAUGAACUGCUCAUUGUGCGGGCAAAAAAUAAAGACAAUACCAGCCAGUUUACGAGGUGUAAAGCAGAUAAAAGCAAAUCGGAAUUGAAAGGAACUGUGGAUAUACAAAAUAUUUGCAGCAACGAAUACUUGGAUGUUCCUGAGCUAAUCGAUUGAAUUAUUUGUUACCCACGUUUUUCGCUGACUUUCACUUAGUAAAUAAACAAUUGUUUGCUUAUAUUUUUUAAAUAAAAAUCGCAUUUGUUUUAUUU